AUGGCAGAACUUGAGGAAUUGCUUUUUGGUGUUAAGCCAAAUGAGCCGACUCCUGCGAAGUACAAGCAAUGGCUUAGUGAUCUUCACAGUUUAGAACAACUUGCGUCGUUCGUUGAGACUGAAAAUGAAAACGUAACUCCACCAGAUACGCAUAAACAGACAGAAAAGGCUAGAACAGAUCAGAUUGAAAACAAGGCUGGUGGAUUUGGUUUCAAAGUCAGCGAUGAAACUAGAGUUCGCAGGUUCUUAAUUCUUGGAACGACAGGAGGUACAUAUUAUAGCAGUGAAAAAGAACUUACUAUGGACAACGUGAAGGACCUGUGCGAAAUUAUCCAAAAAGGGGGAGGGCUUAUGAUUUUGCGGGAAAUAUUGGAUGUGUCGCUAAAUGGGCGAGCACCGAAACAAGAUUCUACUAUGUUCGCUUUGGCACUAUGUGCUCGUUACAAGGUAUGUGACACUGUAGACAAAAGAACUGAACAACGUUGGAAGGAUUUUUCGAAAAGAGGGUUUAUCGGUAGUUCUUAUGUGCAACAGGCACCCUUGCAAGCAUAUCUGGAUUACCAGAAGGGCCUCCAGUUGACUGCCUUGAGAGCAGUUGGAAAAGUAUGCCGCAUACCGACGCAUUUGUUCAUGUUUUUAAAGUAUUGUAAGCUGGUGUCUUCUAAAACUGGAUUUGUUGAGAAUUCCAGCGGAUGGAGUCGCGCUUUACGAGAAACAGUUUCAAAUUGGUAUUUUAAUAUUGAACCGACUCGCCUGGCAUUGCUAGUUACUAAGUAUCAAAAUCGUGAAGGUUAUUCUCACCGUGACUUAUUUCGGUUAUGCCAUAUCAAACCAAAAAUAAGCUUUCCGGAGACACAUUUGUACUGGGGGCAUUAUGCUGAAUACGACUUUCUCUUUAAUUAUGUUGUAAAUGGCAUGGUGGAAAAAAAACGCAAAAAUGAAGAUCUGUUAGACAACCCGGAGAAGAAACGAAAGAUUGAAGAGGCAGGCGAUGUAACAUUAAAGAAACCGGUGUCUAGAGAAGAGCGGGAAAUUGAAGACCUUAAAAAAAAAAUGAAAAACAUGUUCAGGGAAAAGUGGGAGAAGGGUUUGGACAAGCAGACGAGAGAUACAAUCAAGGAAAAUAUUUCUAAGUUUCUUGAAGAAACUACAGAAAAAGUUGUAGCACAGAGACUGGUUCAUUUGAAGAAGAAAGGCGAAGAAAGAGAUGAAGAGUUGAGUCGGCUGAUGGAAAAGAGAGGUGCUGUUCCUCAGGAUUUGCAGAAGACUAAAACCUUCACGUUUAUUACAGCAUUCCAGACUUUGAAACACACGAGUGAUGCGCAGGAGGCUGUUAAACUCAUUAGAGCCCACGGGUUUGUUAGGGAGCAUGUACCAACAGAUUUACUGGACUCCCAAGAAGUAUGGGCUGCAUUACUAGAUGACAUGCCCAUGACGGCAAUGAUUAGAAAUCUGGGGAAAAUGGCUUCCAUUGGAUUACUAGGUGAAGAAGAGAAAGUGAAGGUUCAUGUGGAUAAAGUUGUUGCAAAGUUAACAGACGAAAAAGCAAUUAAAGACGCUCGUAUUCAUCCUGUAGGAGUGCUUUUAGCUUCAUCGGUUUACAAAAAGGGGGCAGGAAUCAAAGGAAAACUUUCUUGGGAACCGGUGCAGGCCGUUAAGGAUGCUUUAGAUAAAGCGUUUUUACUGGCUUUUAAAAAUGUCACUCCGACAAAUAAGCGUUACUGCCUCGCACUGGAUGUUUCAGGUAGCAUGGACAGCGCGGUAUCUGGCACGCAUCUCACUUGUCGUGAGGCGGCUUGUGCGCUUUCUUCCGUUCUUUUAAGGACUGAGCCAAAGGUGAGUGGUUCUAUGAUUGGCGAAUCUAUUGCGGAAGUCAUUAGCUGUACGUUAGUGAAUAAUGGAGAGGAGUGCAAAUAUUACGUGACGUUCACUCCAAGAAUUCUAGCGGUGGAGGUUGUAGCCUUCUCAGAAGAGUUGACAACUUUGGACGUAAACCAGUCGACGCCUUUGGAUACGUUUCUGACAAAGGCAAACGGUCUGACUUUUGCUGGUACAGACUGUGCUAAACCAAUGGUAUGGGCUCUUGAAAAGAAGAAGGAGUUUGAUGUAUUUGUUGUCUAUACAGACUGCGAAACUUGGUACGGAGAAAUUCAUCCGUUUGAAGCUCUGAAGAAAUAUCGGGAAGAGAUGGGAAUACCAGAUGCCCGUUUGAUUGUGAUGGGGAUGACAGCGACAAAUUUCACAAUAGCUGAUCCUACAGAUCCAGGAAUGUUAGAUAUUUGCGGUUUUGAUUCAGCGGUACCGGAGUUGGUUAAAGAAUUUGUCUUGGGACGUAUAUAA